AUGGUCACUGUUGCAGCGCUCCCGGAUUACCUGGUGACAACCCCUGUCUUUGAGGAAAACACAACACACGAGUACGACACUUUCGGCGUGUUCAUCCACCCACAUUGGUACAAGUUCCCUUUGAUACCGCCGGCCUGGCAUUACGCCAUGGGUGUUUUCAUCACUUUCGUCAGUGUGUUCGGAUCCUUGGGAAACUUUCUGGUUAUGUACAUUUUUGGAACAACAAAGUCUUUGCGGACGCCAUCAAAUAUUUUCGUGCUUAACCUUAGCAUGAGUGACACCAUCUUCUCUGUUAUCAACGGCUUUCCUUUGAUGACCAUUUCCUGUUUUAGCAGACGAUGGAUUUUCGGCAAAGUAGCCUGUGAACUCUACGGUCUGGUCAGCGGUAUGUUCGGCCUCAUGUCCAUCAACACGCUGGCCGCUAUAGCUCUUGACCGUUACAAUGUCAUCGCCCGUCCCAUUAAAGCAUCCAGGGGCAUGAGUUAUCGCAGAGCUUUCACGAUGUUGAUGUUCGUCUGGUGCUGGUCAGCAACCUGGACCAUCCCGCCACUCUUCGGUUGGGGAGCCUACAUUCCAGAGGGAUUCCAAACAUCUUGUACGUUCGACUACUUGACACGCACCGACCACUUCCGGUCUUACAUUCUGUGUAUGUACAUCUUUGGAUUCGCUUUGCCGCUGAUGGUGAUACUGUUCUGUUACGUUCAGAUCUACAGCGCCGUAGCUAAACACGAGAAGGAAAUGGGUAAAAUGGCCAAGAAGCUCAAUGCAGAGAUCCGCCAGGGUCAGAACGCCAAACGGGCGGAGAUCAAGACUGCCAAAGUAUCACUGACCAUUGUUUUAGGUUUCCUGUUGUCAUGGACGCCGUACGCAACAGUUGCCCUCAUUGCACAGUUCGGACCUGCGGAGCUGGUGACCCCAUAUGUUUCUGAGAUCCCUGUGAUGUUUGCCAAGGCAUCGGCCAUGCAUAACCCUGUGAUCUACGCACUUUCUCAUCCAAGAUUCAGAGACGCUGUCGACAAAAGGUUUCCAUGGCUACUGUGCUGCUGUGGCGUGUCGGAGAAAGAGAAGGAGCUUGUGAGACAGGCUACCAUGGAGAAGUCCAACAUGAACAGAACGGACAGUGUCAACAGCGCGGCAGUGGGCGGAGCCCAGAGCAAUAUCAGCGAAAUCAGCAACUUGGACAGUGAUCAAGGUUACGAUGACCCGGAACCACCUGCCCGAUCCGGCAUGCAAAUGAGAAACGUCAAGAAAGAGUGUGGCCCCGCCCAGACCGACAACAACACCAUCAUCAAGGACAUCAUUCACGCCUUUGCUGGAGCCAUGACGGCACAGGCAGGAGCCCAUCAGGUACUUGUGUGGUGU